AUGGAAUUAGCACAAAACAUGAUAUGGGAUAAGAGAGAAGGAGAAAAAAUCGCAAUCAGCAGCAAAUAUCAAACAUGGAAAUUUGCACAAGUCUUAACGUUGUUGUUGUUGGUUGAUCACUUUCUGACUCACGAUUGCCAUUUAACAGCUUUCCUUUGGCCUAGUUUGAGUUGUUAUCAAAAGCUAGCGGGAAUGAAGGAAAAGUUGAUGAUUUAA